AUGGAGGCGAUCACUUUCGUGCACUUUACAUUUGACAUUUCGACUUUGCAUGCCAGUGUCAAGAGCAAGAGGUGUUGGGGCCUGUCCUCAGCCAAGCAAACCACUCUUGCCUCUAAGGCAGACCCUUUCACAGUUGAAGAAAUACUUGAGAUGCAUCGAAUCCUUUACGAAGGGGAUGAUCUCUGGGAUCGUCUCAUGUGUGGAGUGUCCCUCUACUGCAUCUACGCCAGGUGUCGAUGGAGCGACUUCCAACAUGUUGACUCGCUCUCUCUGGAGUGCAACGACCAGGGCUUUGCAGAGUUCGGCUCAGCUUUCAUCGAUGUGCAUAAGACAAUGAACUUCUCCUCAAAACUUCCGAAGUGUCUCGAGCUAGUUGCGGUAGGCCGUGGCCUCGAUGGCAAAGAUUGGCUCUGUGUGUUCAUGGAGGUUCGAAAGGCUUUAGGCGUCGAGUGCAACAAAGGGUACCCAAGCAUGCCCGCCCCCGACAAAUCUGGCGCCCCGACGGUCAGGGCUUUGGGAUCUGACGAAGCAGGUGCGUGGCUCCGAGAGCUAUUGCCUGGGCGUGAAGGCCGGCGCACCACCUCCCACAGCUUGAAAGCCACUCUGUUGUCUUUUGCAGCUAAGAGAGGGUUAGCUCACACUGACCGGCUGGCCUUAGGCGGGCAUUUCCAUGGGGCUCACAUGGCUGAUGUAUAUGCGCGGGAUGCCUUAGCACGCCCAUUGCGACUUCUGGCGGGCAUGCUGUCUGAAAUCAGGCUAGGAAGGUUUGCACCAGAUGCUGGCAGGGCUGCUCGUUUUCCUGGGCGCACCAAUGAGGAAUUGAUAGGGGCCGAGCUGCCCACAGGUGUCGCCCAUGCUGCUCCCACUGAACCUCAGCCGCUGGGUGAAGUCCAUCUUGGCAGCAGCAAUCGCGACUGCAGCGCUAGGGGUCUUGAAAGCUUCUCUCAGUGGGAUCUAGUCUCCUUGGGGGCACCGUCACAUGCAUCGAGGGCUGAGAAGUCGGAGGCGUGCACUUCCCAUGCGGGAGGUGAAGUCAUGAGUGUCAAAUCGGACGGAACAGAACCUCCGAGUCCCGAUUUUUCUGAGGGUGUUGGCGACCUGAGCUUUAAGCCUGAUCGAGCGCCGCAGGGAUCUUUUGAGAUAGUUCCGGAAGACAUCUCCGAAGUCAAUCCCGAUGACGGUGUCUCCUCUGACGGAGACACGUCGUCGGAAGGCUCCUCAUCCGAGUCGUCUGAUUCUUCUGAGGGAGAAAAUCCGGAGCCCAGGCUGAUGCCCCCGCCUUCGCCUCCUGAAGGUACCUUCUUCAUGCAGCAUCGCAAGCUCAAAACUCUGCAUUUGUUGUUGACCGGGGACCGCAGCUUCACGCUGUGCGGAAGACCGUUGCAAACUGGCGACAGCCCCUUCAUCGAGCCUGGCCGGCUGAGGUAUGAUACCCCAGUGUGCAAGCAGUGCAAGAGAUCCCUAGCUAACCCUGGGCGCGACUGA